AUGGCUUCGUCGGCGCUCUCUAAUCUGAUGCUCGCCAUUCAUGAGAAGAAGACGAACUCCGUUGAUCUCUACCGUCCUUUCCGCAACUACGUUACUUUCACCUACUCUGAGCGCGAGGCUCAGCUUAUAGACGACGAUCUUGAAACCCAAAAGCAAAAGUCUACUCAGCAGAACAUUCAUCUUGAGAAAGCCGCUGUUCUCUUCAAUCUUGGUGCUGCGUAUAGCCAGAUUGGACUCGGUCAUGACCGCACCACCGUGGAUGGGCGUCGUCAGGCUUCACAUGCGUUCAUCGCUGCUGCAGGUGCGUUUGUGUACUUGAAGGAUAAUUUGUCAUCUAAGGCGGCGAUUGGGCAGAGCCUCACCGUGGAUUUGUCGGUGGACUGCGUGGGAAUGUUGGAACGGUUGAUGCUUGCGCAAGCUCAAGAAUGUGUGUUUGAAAACACCAUUGCCAAAGGAAGCACCCCUGGUGUUUCUGCUAAAAUUGCUAGGCAGGUUGGCAUAUUUUAUGAGGAAGCUUUCGCUGCCCUAACCACUUCACCAUUGAAGGAACAUUUCGAGAAAGGCUGGAUUUCUCAUGUGCAGCUGAAAGCAGCGCUCUUCUAUAGUGAAGCUUGUUUUAGCCGUUUGGCAGAAGCAAAGAAGUCUUCAAGGGGAGCCCCUGCUCAGCUUAUAGAAGCGAUGAACACACUAGAGUCGAGCAUUAAUGUCAAUUUGGAUAGGGCUGUCAAGGAAAACGACAGAGUGUACCUCAUGAGAGUUCCUUCUCCUUCUUCUUUAUCUCCACUUCCCGCGUUCUCAAUGGUUAAGCCAAUGAACAUGACUGAGAUAUUGGAUGCAAGCAAGGAAAAGAUGUUUGCAAUCCUUGUUCCAGACAGCAGUGCAAAGGCUCUCUCUAGAUACACUGAGAUGGUCGAUGAUGUAAUUAGAACUCAGGCGGAGAGAUUACAGCAAGCUAGCGAACUAACUCGAGUUAGGCUUAAAGAGAUGGAUCUUCCAGAUUCUAUUCUUGCUGUGGAUGGUAAUUCUGCUCUUCCUGUUGAUCUUAAAGAAGAUGUAGAAGCUGUUCAGAUCAGUGGUGGUCCAGCUGGCUUGGAAGCUGAACUGCAGCAGCUUAGGGAUUUGAAGAGGGUUAAUCAGGAACUGUUGGUGCACACCGAAGAGCUUUUGCAGAAAGAAGCAACUGAAGACUCUCAGUUCAGAAGUCAAUUUGGGACUCGGUGGACUAGGCCUCAAUCUAGCACACUGACUAAGAACUUGCAAGAUAGGCUUAAUCGGUUUGCAGCCAAUUUGAAACAAGCUGGAGAAAGUGAUGUGAAGAUUGAGCGAUCCGUGAGAGAUAAUUUCGCCCUCAUGUCUAUUCUUGAUCGACGGCCGAUAGAGUCUGCUAUCCCAACUCUAGCUAGGCCAAUAAUGUCUCUGGACGCAACAGAGGAUGCUAUUGUGGGAACUCUGAAGCAGAGUCUGAGGCAACUGGAAAAUCUUGGUGCUCAGCGGGCAGGUCUUGAAGACAUGCUCAAAGACAUGAAAAGAAAAGAUGACAUACUGCCAAAGCUGAUGACAAUUACAGGCUCCUAUGAAGAUAUGUUCAGGAAAGAGAUAUCAAAGUAUGAUCACAUUUGUGAAGAUAUUUCCCAAAACAUUGAAGUUCAAGAACAAUUACUGAUGCAAAUUCAGGCUCAAAAUGAGGAGUUCUCAACUCUUUUCAAUCUUGAAGAUUAUAAAGCAUCCAAGGAUAAGUGCUACAAGCAGAUUCAAGCUGCCAUAAUGAAGUAUCGAGAGAUCAAGGAGAACAUCAAUGAGGGCCUGAAGUUCUAUGUCACUCUCCAAGUGAGUUUCUUUUCUCUAUAUACAAUAGUAGCCAGCUCUUCACUGUCUAUGCUUGUCUACAUUAUGCCACUUCUCUGGAUGGCUCUCGUCCAUUCUGAUUUUACAUUCCAUUGA